CGCCUAUAUACAGGACGGGACGGAGAGCGCGGUCAGCGGUAGAAGCGCAUCGGGUUGUGUGUGGUGUGUUUAUGUUUUAUACGCCGUUUAUCAGAACGGAAAAUAGAACUACAGACAGCCCGAUUGAGCCUACAGAUUUGUUUUAAACCAGCAUUUUGAUUGGAGUUCCGUUUGGCUCAUGCGAGUGAAGGGGCUCGAGGGCUCCUACCUUUCCCCCUCCAAGGUUCCAGAGAGGCGCGUGGAAAAGCCCUGUGCAGAGAAAGAAGGGGGGUCAUAGCGUAUGUACGUACCCUAAAUGCAUACAUGCCUGAGUCUUCGACAGUGUGGUUUUAAAAACGGGAACGGUUGUGUUUAUUUUGUCGCCAACCGGCAAUGAGAUCGCGUUGCUGGUGAGCCAGUGCUUUGAUGAAUAAUUUACGGUCUUGUGGUCCGAAAGAGAGCGAACCACAGCCACUGCCGUUUGUAAACCUCUGACGACGUCGGAGAGGGCCCGGAUGGUGGACUAGAGAGAGCCGACAAAACGGGUCUGAAACGGGACGAAGUAUUUUGACAUUGUCGGUAAAUUCAUUAGGGGCGGUGAGAAGGAGUGAUGGUGUGUCGUUGGAGGAGGAGAGAAUGAGCUUUGGACACGUCGCGGAGGAUCCUAUACAAACUCUGCUUUCGGAUUAUUSUCAAACCCCGCCACAUCUAAACCACAACAAACAAAUCAAAACUAAUAUCAGUCCACUCUAAAUUACUAUUUUCGACAUGCGCUCAUUAGUAUAGUCCAUCCAAGAAAUCAUAGAAGAGGUGUAUGUAAAGUUGACUAUCAUUGUAAUGAGUAGUGAAUAGUCGGGAGUUGUUCGAAAGCUUCAUGCAGGUGUAGUGAUUGAAUCAUUGUGAACUGAAAUGAAUAUUGCACAUUUGAUUUUCUAUAGGAGAAUAUUUAAAAAUCAUGCGAUCCAGAAUUUUAAAAGGGCGUUUCUCUCGGCCUGUAUCUGCAUAUCUGGCGUCAGUUGAGGGUUAUGUUUAGGAGAGAACACUUACAGGCCUAUCCUAUGUGGACUAUUUUGACAAAUGUUUACUUAAAAAAAAAAAACACAUAUCUACCUCAAACCUCUGCCUGUUUUCCACAGAACACGACUGGAGAAACAAACGAAUGUUUACUAAAUGAAUACCUCAGUCUCACUAAUACCUCACAGGUUCUUAUAAAGCGUAGCCUUGUUUAAAACACCUCUGAUGGCUUCAUUCUCAGACUCUGACCUGCAGACCUGUCCUCUCUGCAAGGAGCUCUGUGGCUCCUCCUCCGCUCCCAUCUCUUGUAACUCCUCCACUUCCUCCUCCUCCUCUCACUCGUCCUCCUCCUCCUCCCGGCGCCUCCAUGUCCUCCCCUGCCUGCAUGCCUUCUGCAGGCAGUGUCUAGAGGGCCAGCGCAGUCAUGGGGACCCUCUCAAACUCAGCUGCCCCACCUGCAACCAGAAGGUCUCCAUCUCUGAGGCCGGAGUGGACUCUCUCCCUUCCUCCAACUUCCUCUUGAGUAACCUUCUGGACGUGGAGCAGCUCCAACUCGGCCAAAAUAAGAACGGUCACCGGGGGGUCAGCGGGUGCUCCAUACCCCGGUUCCACCGCGCCCAUAGCGGGCUCCGCCCGAGCCGUCUGGGAGGGCCCCAGUGCAGCUCCUGUGACGAGGGGAACCCGGCCAGCUUCCACUGCCUGGACUGCCAGGAGUACCUUUGUGAUAACUGCGUCCGAGCCCAUCAGAGGGUCCGGUUGACCAAGGACCACUUCAUCGAGAGGCUGGCAGAGAGCCUGCAGCAUGCAAGCCGAGGCAAGGCCAGCCCCAUCGCAGGUGGAGGAAGGGGUGUAGGGUUGUCCCUGACCCAGCCCUUCCAGUCCAACUCCUCCCUGCUGCCUUUGUUCCAGGAUAGGAUGAGUUUCUGUCAGCACCAUGACAACAAGGUGUUUCUGUUUUUCUGUGAGACGUGCUCUGUGCCUAUCUGUAGGGAGUGUAGUGUGGGCAGACACAUGGGCCACAGCUUGGUCUAUCUACAGGACGCUGUCCAGGACUCCAGAGACAUCAUCAUCCAGCUACUGGCCGACGCACAGCAAGGAAGACAGGCUGUACAGUUGAGUAUGGAGAAGGUCCAGGCCAUAGCAGAGCAGGUAGACAUCAAGGCCAAGGUGGUUCAGACAGAGGUGAAGAACAUGGUCCUCAGACUCCUGAAAGCCUUGGAGGACAGAGAGAGUCAGCUACUCUGGAAGGUUGAGAAGAUCCACCAGCUGAAAGCCAAGUCCCUGUACCUGCAGGUAGAGAAGCUGCAUCAGAACCUGACCAAGCUGGACAGCACCAUCGCAGCCGUCACUCAGGUGCUGGAUGAGGGUUGUCACCUGGACGUGCUGCUGGCCAGAGAACGCACGCUGACCCAGAUUCAGGAGCUCAAGUCUCUCAGAGGCCUGCUGCAGCCACAGGAGGACGAUCGUUUAAUGUUCACCCCUCCAGACCAGGCCCUGUACAAAGCCAUUCAGUCCAUGGGGUUGAUCAGUAGCGGAGCAUUUGCUCCCGUCACCAAAGCUCACGGCGAGGGCCUAAAGACCGCACUCCGUGGCAAGACCGCCUCCUUCACCGUAAUUGGCUACGACCACGACAGGGAGCCCUGCCUCUCGGGCGGUGACGCAGUGUCCGCGGUGGUGAUGGCAGCGGCGGAUGGUAACCUAUCGGCUGCGGAGGUGUGUGACAACCAGAACGGGUCGUACACCGUCAGCUACUUGCCCAAGACUGAGGGAGAAGAUUUGGUGUCAGUUCUGGUCUGUAACCAGCACAUCAUGGGCAGCCCCUUCAAGGUACUGGUGAAGUCUGGGCGACGCUAUGGGGCUCUGGGUUCACCGGUGUCUGCGUUUGGCAGUGAGGGGGAGGGUGAUGGUCAGCUGUGUCGUCCCUGGGGAAUCAGUGUGGAUAAAGAGGGAUACGUGGUGGUGGCCGACCGCAGUAACAACCGCGUACAGAUCUUCAAGCCGUGCGGUGCCUUCCACCACAAGUUUGGCUCCCUGGGCUCUCGCCCCGGUCAGUUUGAUCGUCCAGCGGGUGUGGCGUGCGACAGCCAACAGCAGAUCAUCGUAACGGACAAAGACAACCACCGUGUGCAGGUGUUCACCUUUGACGGACAGUUUAUGCUCAAGUUCGGCGAGAAAGGCACUAAGAACGGUCAGUUCAACUACCCCUGGGAUGUGGCAGUGAACUCUGCGGGGAAGAUCUUGGUCUCUGACACCAGGAACCACCGCAUCCAGCUCUUUGGCCCUGAUGGCUCGUUCAUCAACAAGUACGGCUUUGAGGGCGCCCUGUGGAAACACUUUGACUCGCCGCGUGGCGUCGCCUUUAACCAUGAGGACCACCUGGUCGUCACCGACUUCAACAACCACCGUCUGCUGGUGAUUCGGCCAGAUUGCCAGUCUGCCCGGUUCCUGGGCUCUGAGGGUACCGGUAACGGGAAGUUCCUGCGUCCCCAGGGCAUAGCGGUGGACCAGGAGAACCGGAUCAUCGUUGCCGACUCGAGGAACCACCGGGUGCAGGUGUUCGAGCCCAACGGGAACUUCUUAUGCAAAUUUGGCACCCAUGGCAGUGGCUUCGGACAGAUGGACCGCCCCUCCGGUGUUGCUGUGACACCUGACGGAGUCAUCGUGGUCGUCGACUUCGGAAACAACCGCAUCCUCAAGUUCUAAUCACUUUUCUCUUUCUUUCUCUCGCUCUGUUUUCUCUCCGUUUCUCUGUUAGGGAGAGGAAAUUGAAGAGCGAGGAAARGGAUUCAACAAACACACAAAGAGAGGACAGUUUAAAGAGAGAUAAUCAGAGCAGGUAGAAAUGCGUUAUUACAAAUGAAGGGGAAAUKAAUUUGUUCGUUUUUAAAUUAUUUUUUACUUUUAGGUUUUAGUUUGUGGAAUCAUAUUCCUGUGGUAUACUGUAUGACAAAGGGGACCACUAAGACUAGUUGAUAAUCAGUAGUGAAAGUAACAAGGAAGAGAUCACGAUUUCCCUGUCUUCUAUCUGAAUUGCUCUCUCUCAACUCUCCUCACGUCGCCUUCUCAGGGAUUUUUCUCACUUUUUCUUGAAAUAUUGAAUCCUCUGCUCCGCCACCUACCUCAUCUAGUUCUUAAUGAAUGUACUCACCCUCUCCGAGCAGAGGUCUACUCUAGUCUGUCAAGUUUUACAAAGAAGAAAAUAAAAAAAGUCUACCUCAAUACUUUUUUUUAUUUAAAGAGAGACAUAAAAAUGAAAAGACGUUUUGACCUGACCUGUAGUGGAGUCUAGUGUGUUCAGUGAUGUUUAGGGUAGCUUGUUCUGUAGAUUUUGGUUUAGCAUGUCCCCUCAUCUCUCCAUGUGUAGUGUCACUGCAGACUGACAGAAUAGAGGUAAGAACGGAGGGUUUUAUGUAAUGCCAAACCCGUUAGACUGACUCUGUGUUAGUUAACUCAGGUCACAGUACCAGAUGGACCAGAAGAAUCUCCUUUUAGCUUGACUGGUUUAUUGAUCGCAGUGGCGCCGGGAGUCUGUCCUGGGACAGAUGCAGUUUGAUGAUUGGUUGAAAUCAUGAGCUAGUCGUUGUUGUUGUGGGGAGAUUCUCUUUUCUGUCCCAAAGUAUCCAAUUAUCAAUUGAACAUUGUUGAUUCCUUUCAGGCAUCAGCAAGCUGGUCUGAUUAUGAGGAGAAAAAUAAUGAAAAUCAAUAUGAAAAAGCAAAAACAGCAUUUGUGUACUCUCAAACGAAGGGCCCACCAAAGUAUUUUACAAGUUUAUCAGGAGUUAUCAGGAUGUAUUGGUUGUUGAUUAGGAGAUUGAUUAUGAAUUCUGUCUGACAUCUCAUUGUGAAUGAUGCGGAAGAAUAACAAUGCCUCCAGAAAGCAGGCGUCUUGAUUGGCUGUCCACAGGAGUGAGAGCCAAUCAGAAAUCAGUGAUCCUGAGUGGUUGAAUUGUGGGGCACUGAUUGGCUCUUGGGGGCUAGGAUUUAAUCCAAUCCCCUUCUGACGUCACUGCCCCACCCUAGUUAUUGACGGCCAUUCUGAAAUGCCGGAGAGAGAGAGUGUUCCGGAACAUGUACAUGCUGACCAGACCUCUGAAAGAUGGAGGUCUAGAGACCAGCUAGUGGAGUCAACCAAAGGUAGAAUUUCGGCCAACUGUAUGUUUGGCGUCGAAAGAACUACAAGUCCCAUUGAAGACAUUUUGUUGUUUAAUCAUUUAUGUUGGAGGUCUAAAACGCUCACCAGCUGUCACCAAAAAGAUCUGUUCAAAGCACUGUCAAUGGGGAGAAGAAGAAUAUCAGGCCUACUUUUAGCUUUUAAAAUGGAAGUACCUUUCAAGCCUACUUCCCGAGGAGAACGUUGUAGAAAGGUCUGAAAACAAACCACAUCUCACAGCAACCAAAGAGUAUCUUUCCAGGCCACUUUCCAUCUCACAACCCUGAGAGGUUCAAUCUAGCUCCACCACCCAUGCUAACCGUGACACCGCUUCAUGUCUAGCAUCCCUUAUUUAGCAUUAGCAUCUCAACCCAUUUAACCAUUGAGUGCAAACAGAUUCCUGAUUUAUCACCUGUGGUGGACCUUUUUGGAGGGGUUGUAAAUCUCCCUUUCUCUUGUGAAGUUAGCCACUUUAGCGUAGUCUAGCCUAGCGGUAUGGGCGUUUUUAUUAGUUGGUUUCUGACUGAGCUUCUUACCUCAGAGGAAAGUGCAGACCUGCACUUUAAAUCCUAAUUUACGUAAAACUUUCACAUCCCAUCGUUUACCUUAACUGUCAGAUACCUCAACAUUUUAUAUACUUUCAUAUUCCUCACAGUUACUCAUGUGUAACUCAAUUGUAAUACAGCCUACCUUAACCAGUAACUGGCUACAGUACCUCAAUUCUCAGACCUCAUCAACAUACAAAUGUAAUUUUACAAAUCUACCUCAACACACCUUUUACCUAACUUUAAAUGCCUCAUGUUACUGUGUGUGUGUGUUGUGGUGUGUGGUGUGUGUGUGUGUGUGUGUGUGUGUGUGUGUGUGUGUGUGUG